AUUAACUCAUAUCUUUAGGGUUUCUUGAGCUGUUGUUUGUUUGUCGAGUAAGAAAAUUUUUACUUUUUCUUUUCUUUCUUUUUUGAGCAGUGGGAAAAAAAAUGGGGAGAGGUAGGGUUCAGCUAAGGCGGAUCGAGAACAAGAUUAGCAGACAAGUAACUUUUUCCAAGAGGAGAACUGGUUUGCUAAAGAAAGCUCAUGAGAUCUCAGUGUUAUGUGAUGCUGAGGUUGCUUUGAUUGUUUUCUCUAACAGAGGGAAGCUCUUUGAGUACUCAUCUGAUUCCAGCAUCGAAAGAAUCCUAGAACGACACGAACAACAUUCAUAUGCAGAGAGACAGCUUAUCUCAAAUGAUUCUGAAUCACAGGCGAACUGGUCUCUGGAAUGUCCCAAACUCAAGUCAACUAUUGAAUCUUUACAAAGGAACUUAAGGCAGUUCCUGGGAGAAGAGCUUGAUCCUUUGAGUCUAAGGGACCUGCAACUUUUGGAACAACAAAUUCAUAAUUCUCUGAAGCGCAUACGAACUAGAAAGAAUAAACUCAUGAAUGAGUCCAUUUCAGAGCUGCAGAAGAAAGAAAAGACAUUGCAAGACCAGAACAGCAAGCUAGCAAAAAAGCUCAAAGAAAAUGAGAAGAUACCGACUGAGCAUGCACAAUGUGAGCAGCAAAACCUUGCCCAAAACUCACCACCGCAACCUGCCGCAACAAUACAAUUCCCUUCUUUGACUAUUGGAGGGACUUUCCAGGCAAUAGAAGGUACAAACAAGGGGGCUGAGACUCAACCCCAGCCUAGUACCAAUACUGUGAUACCGCCCUGGAUGCUUCGCCAUGUACACAGAUAGAGAUCUGAGACUAACACAAGCUGCUCAAAUCGAACUCUUAAAACUAUGUUUUAUAGAGUGAGAAUUCCUGGCAUACCAUCGCAAAGUGUUCCAGUGCGAUGAGAAAAAUAUAAGUCAUUUAUUCGAAACUUCAAAACUGUUUUGAGACUGCAGCAUCCCGCUGUCCUAGUAGAAAUAUUAGAGAGGAAGAAUAAUACACUUUGCUUAACAAUUCUGUUACCAGGAUUAUGCAUGUUCAAUGCAUUAUUGGAGUGGGAAGUAAAGUUCCACCGAAUCUUCAGUGCAUUAUUUUCUUUUUGUUUUGUUUUCUAUUUGGUAUUCUACGGUGCAUUCACAGUGCAGAUAGGAGGAUUUAAUGCAUAACUGUGGCAACUUCAACCUCUGAUUCUUCGGAUGAUUAUUUUGA